CCUCCCACCAGCAGUUCUCCGCCUCGGAGUUGUUAAAGCAUAAAUAAGGAGGUGACUUUGAGACUUCACCUCUUUCUUCUAUACAUUAGUUCCCAUCACUGACUCAUAAUGACUUCUCUGCUAGGAUCCCUGCUUAUUCUUUCUGCUCUGACUGCAACAGGUUUUUCCAUUACAUGUUACAAUUGCUUAAAUCUUACUGGCACCGCCUGCAAUCAGCCUACAGCGACCUGCGCCAUUGGUGAAGUCUGUGUCGCAGCAUACUCUGUAGUCACAGGAAGUUCUCCCUCCAAUCAGUACUCCUUAUCAUGCGGCUCAACUACUAAAUGUAAUCUAACUGGAACUUGGACCUUUACCGGUGGGACAGUCAAAACGGCGACAACAUGUUGUAACAACGAUAGCUGCACCCCAACUCUUCCAACAUUGCCAACCCAGAGCACCCAGACGAAUAACGUGACAUGUAGAACCUGUGCAUCGAACACGGCCUAUUGCUACACCGGAGACACGUUGGCGUGCACUGGAUCAGAGACUAUGUGCGGUAUUCUGUCAACAGUGCUAACAGGAACAACAACACAAUCUACUGCCAUCCGUGGCUGUACCACUCCAAGCUUCUGUGACACACUCGGUACGGGAGUUUCUUCUUUCAGUGGAUUGAAUGUUGUAUUGACCACGUACUGCAGCAGUGGAGCGGUCGGCAUAUAUGCCGGGUUCUUCAGUUCCGCAUUAACUUUACUGUUGACAAAAUUCCUAAUUUAGAGGAAAUACAAAAAGAAAAGAAUGACGCAAAAUGCCUUCAUACAAAAAUACACAGUUAUGCAAUUUUGCUGAGACUCAUCUAUAUAUAUAUAUAUAUAUAUAUAUAUAUAUAUAUGAUGUAAUUGCAUGUUGAUGCUUGAGACACGAUGUUACAUUAUUAAUCACAUCAUCAUGCUGUUGAUACGCCAGUCAUCAUUAUCAUCUUCUUGGGUUUAAGUAUAUAUGUAAAUUUCCUCAUCUGGUCUUUGCACAAAUACAGGUUGUUGGAAUGUCUGCUUUGUCUUUCCACCAAAUUUUUUAUCAGUUCACCCUUUACUCCUUUUUUGCAUGAAGUCAGCGGACGUGCAGGAUACCGGGCGAUCUCGGAUGAUUUUUUAAAGGGGCAAUCAUUAAC